UCACACCAGCACCGACAACUUUUGUCUGAUCAUUUGCUUUCAAUCUUCUCUUGUCAACACCGUGUGUUUUUGCUAAUUUUCGUCCAGAUUUUAAUACAUUUCUGACCACAUAUUUUGUGAUUUUGUACGAUGAGUGCUGUUGGAGAAAAUCAUGUCUUUGUCGUCCCAAAAAAAGAGAUUUACUCUGUGGAGGACAUGAAUAAAUGGAUAAAUUCCGAUGGAUAUCAGGAGUACAUGGGGUUUAUAGAAUCUCUUAAUGAUGCUGUGAAGGGAAAGUCUCUUAAUCAUCCAGUGGAUAAAUGUUCCCCAGUGGUUGAAAAAAUUGUCAUACUGCUGGACAAGGUGGAUGCAAUCAUUGAUGAGACACCCCUCAUUGACCAACCUCAGCGAUUCGGAAACAAAGCUUUUGCCACAUUUUAUCACCGCUUGUGUCAAGAGAUUGAAGAAUUGUUGAAGGAAUCACUCCCAGAAAAGUUUCAUAAAUCAAUUCCAGAAAUAUCAAUUUAUGUAACAGAGUCGGUUGGCAAUUCUACGAGGAUUGACUAUGGAUCUGGACAUGAAAUGUCUUUUAUCAUGUUCAUGUACUGCUUGUUUCGCGUUGGUGCAUUGGACUGUAAUUUAUCUGAUGACAGAAUUGCAGUAGUUACGAAAAUAUUCAAGAGAUACUUGGAUAUUGUGCGAAAAUUGCAAACUUUUUAUAAUAUGGAGCCUGCAGGAAGUCAUGGGGUUUGGAGUUUAGAUGAUUUUCAAUUCAUCCCAUUCUUGUGGGGCAGUAGUCAGUUUGUUGGCAAUCCCAGAAUUGAACCUAGUCAGUUUUCCGAUGAAACAGUUGUAGAACGGCUCUCAUCAGAAUUUAUGUUUCUUGGAUGCAUUCAAUAUAUUUUAAAAGUUAAAUCUGGACCAUUUCAUGAACACUCGAAUCAACUUUACAAUAUUUCAGGAACAGCAACCUGGUCUAAAAUUAAUCAAGGGCUGAUCAAAAUGUACAAAGGAGAGGUUUUAUCUAAAUUUCCAGUUGUUCAGCACAUGUUGUUUGGAUCUCUAAUGUCAAUUGCUGCGUUUGAUAGCAGCAAAAAUCCGACAAAGAUGAAACCGGACCCUCCAACAAUGGGGCGUCCAUUGCCAAGUUUAGGUCGGGCAUUAGCAAAUAGAAAUAUGCCACCACCCGCAUUUUCUGCAAAUUCUAAGCCUACAGAGAAUCGUUCUAAUUAGUUCUACAAAUCGUAAUUUGUAAUAUCCUUAUUUUGAUUGUAGUUUUUUUAUAAAUCGUAUAAAAUCUGUAAUUUCCGUUCGGUUUUUGUCAAGUCAUCAGUAUCUAUUGUGCUUACACAAACACGUUGUUCAUGUUUUCUCAAAUUUGCUUUAAUAAAAAAAUGUGAUUUGUUCAA